AGCAACCUCACAACGUGAGUGUGUCGUUGACGUGCACGCUAAUAAAACGGUGCAAUUUUUUAAAUAAAUACCUACCGCUGGUAUUUUCUUGGAAGAAUGGCGUACAGAGGACAAGGACAGAAGGUCCAGAAGGUUAUGGUGCAGCCCAUCAACCUAAUUUUCAGGUAUCUACAAAAUCGCUCACGGAUCCAGGUCUGGUUGUAUGAACAGGUGAACAUGCGGAUAGAGGGCUGCAUCAUUGGUUUUGAUGAGUACAUGAACCUGGUCCUAGAUGAUGCCGAGGAGGUCCACAUGAAGACCAAGAACAGGAAGCCGCUGGGGAGGGUCAUGUUGAAAGGAGACAACAUUACCUUGCUGCAGAGUGUGACCGUCUAGGACAGCGGCGACACCUACACAUCUUACCUUUCUUGGAAAGAAAUGUUAACCGCCUUGUUUUGUUUUUGCAAAUUGGUGUUGAGUAUGUUUGUUUAUACAACAUGAAUAUUGUACGUGUUUAUUUCUAACACGUGGUUUUGAGAAUAAAUCUUUUUUUUUUUUUCCUA